AUGUUACAAAUACUUGAAUUUACAAUAUUUCUUGUAUCUACUGUUUUUGCGUUUGAAAAUCAAAAUUCGUCGUUGGGGAAUUACGACCCUGCUACAGAUCAAAUUGUGUUCUUCAAGGAACGAUAUGCGGGCCCUGUGGGUGUGACGACAACUAGUAGUGGAGCACCAGUUUCUUACAGCGAUGCUACUGUUUCACUUAACACUUUACUAAUGGAUAAUGAAUUUUUGAUGGAAAGAUUAUCUCAUCUUAAUCGAGAAAGAAUACCCGAAAGAGUUGUGCAUGCUAAAGGUGGAGGAGCCUUUGGUUACUUCCAAGUCACUCGUGACAUAACUCAUAUUUGUAAAGCCGAAAUGUUCAGCAAAAUAGGAAAAAAAACACCUGUUGCAGUCCGGUUUUCAUCUGUUCUGUCUGAAAAGGGAGGUAGCGAUUUGACAAGAGAUGCUCGAGGGUUUGCAAUAAAAUUUUAUACACAAGAAGGAAAUUUUGAUAUAGUAGGAUUAAACACACCUAUGUUUGUAUCUAAAGAUCCUCUACGAUUUCCUAAUUUUGUCCACGCAUUAAAGAAGAAUCCGUCAACUAAUCUUAGGGACUUAAAAACGCUGUGGGAUUUUUUGACGCUAAAUCCUGAAGGUCUUCACAUGUUUCUGUUAGUUUUUGGAGACCGUGGAAUACCUGCAAACUAUGCCAACAUGCCUGGAUUUAGUAUACACACGUAUCCGGUUGAAAACAAGCGAGGAGAAUUGCAUUUUCUUAAUUUUCAUAUUAUACCUGAUGAAGGCAUUAAAAGUUUAACUUCAGAACAAGCCAGAAAUAUUUCUGAUCUAGAUUAUCAUAAUAGAAUAUUAUACAGAAAUAUUGCAAACGGCAAAUUUCCUUCGUGGACAAUUUAUGUCCAAGUAUUAACUAUGGAUGAUGUAAAAAAUGCCCCAUAUGACGUAUUCGAUACAACUAAAGUUAUUCCUUUGGAUAAACAUCCUCUGCAGGAAGUGGGUAAGCUAGUACUAGAUAGGAAUCCCAAAAAUUUCUUUGCUGAUGUAGAGCAAAUAGGCUUUUGUCCUGGUAAUCUAGUCCCUGGCAUUUAUGGGGAGCCAACUAAGCUGUUUCAAGCACGUCGAGUUUUUUACAGAGAUGCACUUUUUUAUCGACUGGGUGCAAAUUUUAAUAAAAUCGGCGUUAAUUGCCCUUACCGCACGGAAACACUGACAUAUAAUAGAGAUGGAGCUCCACCAGCUAAAGAUAAUGAAAAAGAUAUUCCCAAUUAUUAUCCAAACUCAUUUAAUGGUCCAGUUCCUUAUAUGAACUUGUAUAAUCCAAAGGUGAUGGACGUUAUCGAAAACCCAGAACCGAAUAACUUUGAUCAAGCAAGUGAAUUAUAUAUAAACCAAAUGACUAGUGGAGAGCGAAGUAGAUUAAUUGCAAAUAUAGUAUGCAGUUUGAAACAAAGUAUACCCCUGACACAGAAAAGAGCAGUAGAAUUAUUCUACAAAAUUCACCCAGACCUAUCUACUCGAGUAGCACAAGGAUUGAAGGCGAAUGAAACCUGCACACUGUCACCGUAA